AUGGCGGUCGCCGCUCAGCCGCUGCUGGCCUCCGCGCUCCUCGCGCUCCUCCUCGCCGCCGCCUCCGCUGCCGAUACUAAGAAUAACCCUGCCGAUGAGCUUGUGAGCUUGAUCAACUCCAACCGUACCGCCAGCAAGGCAUCAAAUCUUGCUGAUAAUCAAGGUCUUGGAUGCAUUGCUCUGCAGUACAUAAAAGCAUAUAAGGGUCAGUGCGACCAGGUGGGUGGAAACAAGAAGCCCGUGGAUUCCAGUUUCAUCGACACAUUUGCCCCAAAUUGUGGUGUCCAAGCUGCAAGCCUUGCCAAGAUCACUGGGAGGCUCCUGGCGUGCCAGCCAAGCUACCCACCUCCAGCGCAGGCCUUCGACAUGCUCAUUGCUGAUGAGAGGAGCCUCCAAGUACUGCAUAGCAAGAACCACACAGAGGUGGGGGCGGCUGUCACCGGCACUUCUGGCGGCGGUCCGUAUUUCUGGUGUGUCUUGUUCAGCAACGGGAAGCCCAACUCGAGCUUCACGGUAGAAGGGGGUGUUCCCAAGACUGCCCAUCCUGGAUGCUUCAGCGGCAACAAUGACGAGUGCAGUGGUGCCAUUUCGACCGGUGUGGGUGCAUGGACACUGGUGUCGGCCACUCUUUUUGCUCUGGCUGGCGCCUUUACUUUGUGA